AUGCCUGAUACUCCGUCACCGGCUCCUCAUCAUGAACGAGCUGUUAUCGGUUUUUUUCUCUAUGUGACCUCAAUCUUCGCAUUUGGUAUUUAUGUACUGUGGGCAUAUUUACCCAAUGAUUGGUUUGAAAAAAUUGGUCUGACGUAUUACCCACAUAAAUACUGGUCAAUAGCAAUAGCUGUUCUUGUACUAACACUUCUGAUUGGAAUUGUUCUCGGCAAUUGUUUAGUGAACAGUUUCUCGGUACCGUCUUUGAAUAGUAUGGUUUUAAUUCACGAUCAACAUACAAGAAAAACAAAACAUGACGAAAGUUCAGAUGCAGAUGCAAUACCUCCUGUGGCAGAUUUAGAUUUAUCUUUUGUCAAUCAAGUGCUCUAUUCUUCAGAUACAAACUAA